AUGUCGUCUGUAAGUGCACCUGCACCCGAGCUCGCCCUGAUGGAUCGCGGCGUUUCUCCAGAGCUUGUCUCGGUUGCGAAGAAAAGAAACAAAGACCAGACAACCCGCUCCGGCCCCGCCCCGGUUCCGGUCCAGUUCGUCCGCCUUCGCGAAACCGUCUCCCAGCCCGUCAUUGCAGCCUUCUGCGCCGGAGGUGUUGCCGGUGCCGUCUCUCGAACUGUCGUGUCGCCUCUUGAGCGACUCAAGAUCCUUUUCCAGGUCCAGAGUGUUGGAAGAGAUGCCUACAAGCUAUCCGUAGGCCAGGGUCUGGCAAAGAUGUGGAGGGAGGAAGGCUGGAGAGGUUUCAUGAGAGGCAACGGAACCAACUGCGUCCGCAUUGUGCCCUACUCUGCCGUCCAAUUCGGCAGCUACAACUUCUACAAGAGGGUGAGUACCAGUCUCUUUGGCCGUCAUGCUGCUUUGCCGGCGGCGGACGCCUUGUGCCCUUGUGCAGCUUGCACGCACCCCGCUGGGCCAGCUAACGGCUUGCAGAACAUCUUUGAGACAACCCCCGGUGCAGACCUCUCUCCGCUUGCCCGCCUGACUUGUGGUGGUAUUGCCGGUAUCACCUCCGUCUUCUUCACAUACCCCCUUGACAUUGUCCGCACCCGACUGUCCAUCCAGUCUGCGUCCUUUGCCGAGCUGGGUCCCAGAUCCGAGAAGCUGCCCGGCAUGUGGGCCACCAUGACCAAGAUGUACCAGACUGAGGGCGGUGUCUCUGCCCUGUACCGAGGCAUCGUCCCCACCGUCGCUGGUGUCGCCCCAUACGUCGGUCUCAACUUCAUGGUUUACGAAUGGGUUCGCAAGUACUUGACCCCCGAGGGUGACAAGAACCCCAGCGCUGUCCGGAAACUGCUGGCCGGUGCUGUCUCUGGUGCUGUUGCCCAGACCUGCACAUACCCCUUCGACGUCUUGCGUCGAAGAUUCCAGAUCAACACCAUGUCAGGCAUGGGCUACCAGUACAAGUCCAUCACUGAUGCCGUCAAGGUCAUUGUGGCCCAGGAGGGCAUCAAAGGCAUGUACAAGGGCAUCGUCCCCAACCUGCUCAAGGUCGCGCCCAGCAUGGCCUCCAGCUGGCUCAGCUUCGAGCUGUCUCGCGACUUCUUGGUCUCCCUCAAGCCCGAGGUCGACUCUGAGACGCCCAUCUGA